AUGGAGGCUGAAUUUUACGUGGCGAUCCUCACCUGCUUGGUCUUCGGGAGCUCAGAGGGGUUUCAGAUCAUCCACACCAAGACACAACAGUGCCUUUUUGAAAAUAAGAUAGUGUCCAUGGGCUUGUGCAGUGGGACCAACCAGAACCAGCAGUGGAUGUGGACUGAGGACGGAAAGCUCCUUCAUGUAAAAUCUGCCCUGUGCCUGGCCAUCUCCAAUUCCUCUGGUGGCCCUUUCCGAUCAGCUAUCUUUGCCCACUGCUCCCAGGCACCCCGGUGGACUUGCGAUGAAAAGAAAGGGUUCCUUGAGAUAGAAAAUACCUCUCUCUUUCUCAAGAAACAAGGCAACAAGGCAGUGGUCAAGAAGGGCAGGAAAUACCUCCAUAGCUGGAUGAAAAUAGAUGUCAACAAGGAGGGAAAAGCAGUCAAUGAAAGCCUCUGCUUAAAAAAAGCUGGCCUGGGAGCAGAAGUGUUGGUAAGGAGCAUUAGAAACACGUCUCCUCCCCAAGUCCCCACUGCAUUUAACGCAGGUCCGUACAGCCCAGAGCAGCUCCUUAGCAACUCCACAGAGGCCUUCACUAGAAGUACCACCGAGAACUCCAGCCAGAACAGCAGCCAGGGGCAGCACCCCCAUCUGCCGAUGACUGGAAGUACAGAGGCAUCGUGGGUUCCCUGGACUUCUCGGCCUUUCGCCAGCACCACUAAAGAGGCCGGACUAGGCGAGCCCGCGAGAUGCAACUUCACCGUGACGGCGUCCCGCGUCUCCAGCCGGGCCGCCUCUCUCCAGUGGAGAACUGUGGGGCCGCCCUGCAACUUCAGCCUCGUCUAUAACAACGACACAGCUGGGUUUGCGAGGUGCCACCCCGUGAGGAUAGACAACGCCACCUAUGAGUGUAACCCCAAGGAUUUACAAGCGGGGACCAACUAUACCUUCAGGAUUGUGCCUCUGGAUGGGGAAGAGAGAACUGUGGCCUUGCAAACAGAUCCUUUGCCUCCUGCUAGGUUUGAGGUCAGUAAAGAGAAGACUUCUUCAACCAGCCUGCAUGUUUGGUGGACUCCUUCUUCUGGAAAAGUCAGCUGGUAUGAGGUGCAGUUAUUUGAUGAUAACAAAAAGAUACAGGGGGCUCAGAUUCAAGAAAGUACUUCAUGGAAUGAAUAUGCAUUUUUUAACCUUACUGCUGGUAAUAAAUACAGCAUUGCCAUCACAGCUGUUUCUGGAAGUAAACGUUCCUCUACAAUUCAUAUCAAUGGAUCAACAGUGCCAUCCCCGGUGAAAGAUAUUGGUAUUUCAGCGAAAACGAAUUCUCUCCUGAUUUCCUGGUCCCAUGGCUCUGGGAAUGUGGAAAGAUACCAGCUGAUGCUAAUGGAUAAAGGGGUCCUAGUUCAUGACACUGUCGUGGACAAAUAUACUACUUCUUACACUUUUCACGGACUGACGCCUGGCCACCCCUAUAACCUCACCAUUGUAACCGAGGCUGCAGGGCUGCGGAACAGCAAGUGGAAACCAGCCAGGACAACCCCCAUGGAAGUCUCAAAUCUGAAGGUGACAAAUGAUGGCACUUUGACCUUUCUAAAAGUCAAGUGGCAAAGACCUCCUGGAAAUGUGGACUUCUACAACAUUACCCUGUCUUACCAAGGGACUGUCAAAGAAUCCAGAAUAUUAGCACCCCAGGUUACAGAAACCCAAUUUAAAGGCUUAACCCCUGGACGACUUUAUCAAGUUACCAUCAGCUGUGUCUCUGGUGAAUUGUCUGCUCAGAAGAUUGCAGUGGGCAGGACAGUUCCAGAGAAAGUUGGGAAUCUGGAGGCCAACAGCAAUGGCUCGCUGAGGUCCCUCGUGGUGAGCUGGUCGCCCCCUGCUGGAGACUGGGAGCAGUACCGUAUACUGCUCUUCAAUGAUUCUUCCCUGCUGCUCAACAUCACUGUGGGAAAGGAGGAAACGCACUAUGUCAUAGAUGACAUGGGACUCAUACCGGGAAGACAGUACGAGGUAGAAAUCAUUGUGGAGAGUGGAAAUCUAAAGAACUCUAAGCGCUGCCAAGGCAGGACAGUCCCCCUGGCUGUCCUCCAGCUUCGUGUCAAACAUGCCAACGAAACCUCACUGGGCAUCAUGUGGCAGACCCCUGUUGCAGAAUGGGAGAAAUACACCAUUUCACUAGCAGACAGAGACCUCUUGCUCAUCCACAAGUCACUCCCCAAAGAUGCCAAAGAGUUCACUUUUACUGACCUGGUGCCUGGACGAAAAUACAUAGCUACUGUGACCAGUAUUAGUGGACACUUAAAAAAUUCAUCUUCAACAAAAGGAAGAACAGUGCCUGCCCAAGUGACUGGCUUGCAUGUGGCCAACCAAGGGACAACCAGCAGCCUGUUUACUAACUGGACCCAGGCAGUGGGAGACAUAGAGUUCUACCAAGUCUUACUCAUCCAUGAAAAUGUAGUCAUCAAAAAUGAAAGUGUCUCCAGUGAGACCAGCACAUACAGCUUCCACUCCCUCAAAUCAGGCAGUCUCUACUCUGUGGUGGUAACAACAGUAAGCGGAGGGAUCUCCUCCCGACAAGUGGUGGUGGAAGGAAGGACAGUCCCCUCCAGUGUGAGUGGAGUAACAGUGAACAAUUCUGGUCGCAAUGACUACCUCCGAGUAUCUUGGCUGCCAGCUCCUGGAGAUGUGGACCACUAUGUAGUGACACUGUCUCAUGACGGCAAGGUGGUUCAGUCCCUCGUUAUCGCCAAGUCCGUCAGCGAGUGCUCCUUCAGCUCCCUCACCCCAGGCCGCCUCUAUGAUGUGACCAUAACUACUAAGAGUGGCAAGUAUGAAAACCAUGCCUUCAGCCAAGAUCGGACAGUGCCUGACAAGGUCCAGGGAGUCAGUAUUAGCAACUCAGCCAGAAGUGACUAUUUAAAGGUAUCCUGGGUUCAUGCCACUGGAGACUUUGAUCGCUAUGAAGUCACCAUUAAAAACAAACACAACUUCAUUCAAAUGAAAAGCAUUCCCAAGUCUGAAAAUGAGUGUAUAUUUGUUAAGCUAGUCCCUGGACGGUUGUACAGUGUCACUGUUAGUACAAAAAGUGGACAAUAUGAAGCCAGCGAACAAGGGAAUGGAAGAACAAUCCCAGAGCCCGUUAAGGAUCUAACGUUGUGGAAUAGGAGCACCGAAGACCUUCACGUGACUUGGUCACGAGCUGGUGGGGAUGUCGACCAGUAUGAGAUUCAGCUGCUCUUCAAUGACGUGAAAGUACUACCUCCGCUACACCUUGUAAAUACUGCGACGGAGUAUCGAUUCGCCUCCUUGAUACCAGGGCACCGGUAUAAAAUCCUCGUGUUGACGAUCAGUGGAGACGUGCAGCAGUCGGCCUUCAUUGAGGGCUUCACUGUUCCUAGUGCUGUCAGAAAUGUUCAUGUCUCUCCCAAUGGAGCAACAGAUAGCCUGACGGUGACCUGGACCCCUGGCAGGGGAGAUGUUGAUUCCUACACAGUGUCGGCAUUCAGGCAGAAUCAAAAGGUUGAAUCUCAGACUAUCCCCAAGCACGUGUCUGGGCACACAUUCCACAGACUGGAGGCCGGGGAGCAGUACCAGAUCGUGAUCGCCUCGGUCAGCGGGUCCCUGAGAAACCAGACAGACGUGCUCGGGCGGACGAUCCCAGCAUCUGUCCAGGGAAUAAUUGCAGACAAUGUAUACAGCAGUCAUUCCUUAAUAGUAAGUUGGCAGAAAGCCGUUGGCGUGGCAGAAAGAUAUGAUAUCCUACUUCUAAAUGAAAACGGGAUCCUUCUGAGUAACACAUCAAAGCCAGCCACCACCAAGCAGCACAAAUUUGAAGACCUAACACCAGGAAAGAAAUACAAGAUACAGAUCCUCACUGUCAGUGGAGGCCUCUUUAGCAAGGAAGCCCAAACGGAAGGCCGAACAGUCCCAGCAGCUGUCACCAACCUGAGGAUCACAGAGAACUCCACCAGACACCUGUCUUUUAGCUGGACCACCUCAGAGGGAGAGCUCAACUGGUACAACAUCUUUCUCUACAACCCAGAUCGAACUCUUCAGGACAGAGCUCAAGUUGACCCGCAAGUCCAGAGCUUUUCUUUCCAGAACUUACUGCAAGGCCGAAUGUACAAAAUGGUGAUUGUAACUCACAGUGGGAAGCUGUCUAAUGAGUCUUUCAUAUUCGGUAGAACAGUCCCAGCCUCUGUGAGUAACCUCAAGGGAUCCAAUCAGAACAUGACAGACAGUCUCUGGUUCAGCUGGAGUCCAGCCCCUGGGGACUUUGACUUUUAUGAGUUGAUUCUCUAUAAUCCCAAUGGCACAAAGAAGGAAAACUGGAAAGAAAAGGACCUGACGGAGUGGCGUUUUCAUGGCCUUGUUCCUGGAAGGAAGUACACUCUGUGUGUGGUAACUCACAGCGGAGAUCUCAGCAAUAUGGUCUUGGGGGAGAGCAGAACAGCCCCAAGUCCUCCCAGUCUUAUGUCAUUUGCUGAUGUUGCAAACACAUCCUUGGCCAUCACCUGGAAGGGCCCACCAGACUGGACAGACUACGAUGACUUUGAGGUGCAGUGGUUACCCAAAGAUGCAAUCACAGUCUUCAACCCCUACAGCAACCGAAAAUCAGAGGGACGCAUUGUUUAUGGCCUUCGUCCAGGGAGAUCCUAUCAGUUCAGUGUCAAGACUGUCAGUGGUGAUUCCUGGAAAACCUACAGCAGACCAAUUUCCGGAUCCGUGAGGACAAAGCCAGACAAGAUCCAAAACCUGCACUGCCGGCCCCAGAACUCCACGGCCAUUGCCUGUUCUUGGAUCCCUCCUGAUUCUGACUUUGACGGGUAUAGCAUUGAAUGCCGGAAAAUGGACACUCAAGAGGUGGAGUUUUCCAGAAAGCUGGAGAAGGAGAAAUCUCUGCUCAAUAUUAUGAUGCUUGUGCCCCAUAAGCGGUACCUGGUGUCCAUCAAGGUGCAGUCGGCCGGUGUGACCAGCGAGGUGGUGGAAGACAGCACUAUCACAAUGAUAGACCGCCCUCCCCCUCCGCCCUCACACAUCCGCGUGAAUAAAAAAGACGUGCUGAUCAGCAAGUCCUCCAUCCACUUUACUUUCAACUGCAGCUGGUUCAGCGACACCAACGGGGCAGUGAAAUACUUCACGGUGGUCGUGAGAGAGGCUGACGGCAGUGAUGAGCUGAAGCCAGAACAGCAGCACCCUCUGCCCUCCUACCUGGAAUACCGGCACAAUGCUUCCAUUCGAGUGUAUCAGACCGAUUAUUUUGCCAGCAAAUGUGCCGAAAGUCCUGACAGCAACUCCAAGAGUUUUAACAUUAAGCUUGGAGCAGAGAUGGAGAGCCUGGGUGGAAAAUGCGAUCCCAAUCAGCAAAAAUUCUGUGAUGGGCCGCUGAAGCCGCGCACUGCCUACAGAAUCAGUAUUCGAGCUUUUACACAGCUGUUUGAUGAGAACCUAAAGGAAUUCACAAAGCCACUGUAUUCAGAUACAUUUUUCUCUCUGCCCAUCACCACUGAGUCAGAGCCUCUGUUCGGAGUUAUUGAGGGUGUGAGUGCUGGCCUGUUCCUAAUCGGCAUGCUGGUGGCCAUUGUCGCCUUAUUUAUCUGCAGGCGGAAAACAAGCCAUGGUCGAGAAAGGCCCUCUGCCCACCUGAGCAUCCGCCGGGAUCGACCACUAUCUGUCCACUUGAACCUGGGCCAGAAAGGUAACCGGAAAACUUCUUGCCCAAUAAAAUUAAAUCAGUUUGAAGGGCACUUCAUGAAGCUGCAGGCUGACUCCAACUACCUUCUGUCCAAGGAGUACGAGGACUUAAAAGACGUGGGUCGAAACCAGCCGUGUGACAUUGCACUCCUGCCGGAGAAUCGAGGGAAAAACCGAUACAACAACAUACUGCCCUAUGAUGCCUCUCGAGUGAAGCUGUCCAAUGUGGAUGAUGACCCGUGCUCCGACUACAUCAAUGCCAGCUAUAUCCCUGGCAACAACUUCAGAAGAGAAUACAUAGUUACUCAGGGACCUCUUCCUGGCACUAAGGAUGAUUUCUGGAAGAUGGCGUGGGAACAGAAUGUUCACAACAUUGUCAUGGUGACCCAGUGUGUGGAGAAGGGCCGGGUAAAGUGUGACCAUUACUGGCCAGCGGACCAGGAUUCCCUCUACUAUGGGGACCUCAUCCUGCAGAUGCUCUCGGAGUCUGUGCUGCCUGAGUGGACCAUCCGGGAGUUUAGGAUAUGCAGUGAGGAGCAGCUCGACGCACACAGACUCAUCCGCCACUUCCACUAUACGGUGUGGCCGGACCACGGAGUCCCAGAGACCACGCAGUCCCUGAUCCAGUUUGUGAGGACUGUCAGGGACUACAUCAACAGGACACCUGGGGCCGGGCCCACCGUGGUGCACUGCAGCGCCGGCGUGGGUAGGACUGGAACCUUUAUCGCGUUGGACCGAAUCCUGCAGCAGUUAGACUCCAAAGACUCUGUGGACAUCUACGGAGCAGUGCACGACCUAAGGCUCCACAGGGUUCACAUGGUGCAGACUGAGUGUCAGUAUGUAUACCUCCAUCAGUGUGUAAGAGAUGUCCUCAGAGCAAGGAAGCUACGCAGUGAACAAGAAAACCCCUUGUUUCCGAUCUACGAAAAUGUGAAUCCAGAGUAUCACAGAGAUGCGGGAUAUUCAAGGCAUUGAAGAUGCACCCAAAGCUAUCCUGGAUAAAAGCUAUUCACUGUGUGAUAUUUUUUUUUUAAACUCUCUUCAUGCCCUACAGAGGUGCCAGCUAUUUCUAUUGAUACUAUGUAUAAUUUAUUAAUCUGGAGAAUUUUAAAGAAUUUAUGUAAUUUAAAAGUAACAGAUAUUAUUGUACAUAGUUGUAUUUUGUAGUUUCUUCUGUAAAUAUGUAUUUUUUCAUAAUGUUUAAUAUUGAGCUUUAUAUAAUACUAUUUUCCACACUAAAGUGUUCAUGGGUUGUUCUACAUAAACCGAUUCAACCUGUA